AUGGAAGUAAUUACUUGCUUGGAAUGCAAGAAACUAACCGAUACAGUGAUCGAUUAUCGAUCUGGAGAUACAAUCUGCAAAGAAUGCGGUCUCGUCCUAUCCUCCCACUACAUCAUCCAGUCCUUCGAUCGUAGCAUAUCGCAGAAGAUCCCUCCCAUCAGGACCAAAUUCAAGGUCGACGCAAAGGUUCCGCAGAAUCCUAACCCUAAUAAAGACAAAGCUUCCUCCAGGGUUUCAUCGCCUUAUCGGAAAGCUCUGCUCAAAGGCCUUUAA